CGCGCCCUGGGCCCCACCCGCACAGGUGGAGAUCUGCGUCAAGUCAGUGCAGCGCGGCAUGACCCUGGCCCAGCUCCUGCAGGAGCAGAACUUCCCAGCCAUCGCCAUGGCCCACCGCGGCAUGGCCCAGGAGCCUCUCCCGCUACCAGCAGUUCAAGGACUUCCAGCGGCGGGUCCUGGUGGCCACCAGUCUGUUCGGGCGCGGCAUGGACAUCGAGCGCGUCAACAUCGUCUUCAACUACGACAUGCCCGAGGACUCCGACACGUGAGCGACCCGGCCUCUGCCGUCCAGCCCGGCCCCGCCCCCGACGCUCUGGCUCCGCCCGCCUCUCCUGCAGGUGGCCCGCCCCGCCGCUUCGGCACCAAGGGCCUGGCCAUUACUUUCGUGUCUGAGGAGGACGACGCCCGGAUCCUGAAAGAUGUCCAAGACCGCUUCGAAGUGAACGUGGCCAUCUCCAUGUAA